AUGUCGAAGCAGACAAAAAUCCAUGCAAAAAAGCUCACGGCCGCGGCUGCUAAUGCUAACAUUAGCUCGCCAGAGGUCAGCCCGCCUGCAGACCAAGCUCGGGACCCGGACGACACGGAGGCUCUGAUACUGAAAGUCUCUGAGAGCUUCAGCGCGGCCAUGGAAGAAAAAUUAUCUGUAUUUUCAGAGGCACUGGACAAGAUUGCCACCAAGCUGGAGGGACACACCACACGUAUUAACGACGUGGAGCAGAGAGUCUCGAAUACUGAAGAUACUGUGGAUGAUUUGGCUGGGAGACUCGCUGCCGCGGAGAAAAAGAUAACUCUGAUGGCAAAUAGUUUGGAUGACAUGGAAAACAGAAGCCGACGGGACAAUAUUCGGAUUAUUAAUUUCAAAGAAGGAGCGGAGGGAUCUAAUCCACUGCAGUUCUUUGAGACGUGGCUGCCCGCAUUUCUCGGACUUGACAAGGGUCUUGGCCCCGUGACAAGUCGCAUCAAAAUGGACCGCGCACACAGGGGUCUCGGUCCGCAAAGUGCACGUCCACGUCCCGUGAUAAUCAAGCUUCACAACUCCCGGGACAAACAACGGAUCAUGGCCGCGGUAAAAGCAGUACCGGAGCUGAAACACGAUAGGCAGCGGAUCUACAUUCAUCAAGAUUUGUCUGCUGCGGUGCGUGAGAAGAGGAGCGGUUUCAACGAUGUGUGCCGUGCUCUCAUUGGGAAAGGCAUUUGCUUCAAUAUGAGGUAUCCCGCUACACUUACCUUGACACAUGGCAGCACUGUACGCAAGUUCUUUACUCCAAGGGAUGCGCAAGCUUUCAUUGACACACUGAACUGA